AUGACGAGCCCGUUUCGGGUCGACUUGCCGACGGUGUGUAUCUUAAGGCCUCUCUGGCGCCUCUUGUUGGCGAGAGUCUGUUUUUUCUUGAUGCUGGUCCCGAUGCGUCUUUCGAUGUCGUUUCGGUAUGUCUUGUCGAUCUUGCGGAACUGGCCCCGUUUCACGCUGGAGAGGACGACUCCUCCGUCGCGGGCUUCUGUUUCGUGCUUCUUGAUCCUCUGCAGGUGUUUUUCGACCAUUCCUUUCCUUAUCUGGAUCGGUAUCUUUUCCAGCUUGUUCAGCUUUGUCUCGCUGCCGUUGGUGGCGGAGAGCUCGCGCAGUCGCAUCUCGAGGGUGCGGGACCUUGCCUUGCCCGCCAGGGAGUCGUCUGUGUGGAGAGCGCUCAGCAGGUUGGACUCCUUGAGGAAUCGUUGCAGCUCGAUGUCGUUUUUCAGGUUUUCCCUCUCCAGGUGCUGGUCCUCGUCGUCGCUUGGCGGCGGGUGGUUUUUCUUGGCUGCGCGAAGCGGCGUGCCGCUUCGCAGCAGCCGUUGUUCCUUCUUGGAGGGCGGCACGUAUUCAUCGGCAGGCCCGCUGAAUCUUAUCACUCGCGGUUGCGGCUCCUGUUCGCUUUCGACGUCGCUCCCGCUGUCCUGUUCGUCUUGUUCGCUGUUGCUGUCGGUUUCGGGUUCGGCGCGGUGUUUGGUCCUGUCUUGGAAUCCCAUAGACUCUAGGGAGCCGAACUGGCGCUCGAAGGCGCUGCGUUGGAUCUCGAGAAGCCGGGCGUCGUCGCUCAUCGUGUCGACGGCCGUCUGCUGGUGCUGGUGCUUAGGCUCAUCGCAGUGCAAUUUUUCACUGGGGGUCCAGGCUAAAAAUUGCGUGUCACAAGAGACGGUCGCGCUGGUUAGACUUGGCACUGCACCUGUAGCAGCGGUUGUGGCCGGAAUGACUAGGUUUGUAGGGUGCAUUGACCUCCAUAACGGCCAGGUCAAGCAGAUCGUGGGCGGCACUUUGACCGAGAGCGAGCAGGAGGCUCCUAGGACGAAUUUUGUGUCGCAGCACUCGUCGUCGUACUACGCGGGCCUGUACAAGCAGAAGGGCGUCACCGGAUGCCAUGUCAUCAAGCUGGGCCCGAACAACGACGAGGCAGCGCUGGAAGCGUUGAAAAGCGCUCCGCAGUUUCUGCAGGUCGGCGGCGGGAUCAACAACUCCAACUGUCAGCAGUGGCUGCGGUACGCAAGCAAGGUGAUCGUGACAAGCUGGCUGUUCGACGCGGAGGGCCGCUUCGAGUUGGGAAAACUGGCUGAAAUGGCCAGGAUAUGCGGUAAAGACCGUCUGGUCGUCGAUUUGAGCUGUCGCAAGAAAAUGGACAACGGAGAGUCCCGCUGGAUAGUCGCGAUGAACAAAUGGCAGAAGCUCACGGACCUGGAGCUCAGCGAACAGACUUUCCGGUCGCUCUGUCGGUACACGGACGAGUUCCUUAUUCACGCGGCCGACGUAGAGGGUCUGUGUCGCGGCAUCGACGAAGAGCUCGUGGCAAAACUGUACGAAUGGACCAGGGAGCUGCCCAGCAACGUCAAGAUCGUCUACGCGGGCGGCGCCAAGAGCUUUUCCGACUUGGAGCUUGUGGAAAGGCUGAGCCGCGGCAAGGUGGAUCUGACUUACGGCAGUUCGCUGGACAUAUUUGGCGGUGACCUCGUAGCGUUCGACGAAUGCUGCCAAUGGAAUGAAUCUCAUUAG